GUGGUGUCUACAGACUACAGUACAGGAAGUUCCUCCCUACGACCUCGGAAGUAUUUCCGCGUGUUCCUUGCUCGUCAGUGAAUAUGAGCGGCAAAUCUGAUGGAAACAACGAAUUCCACGAGCAGCUGCGAUUGCAGCAGCUGUACGGGGGGAGCCGGGAGGAGGGGGGCGGAGAGGACCCCAACACCUACGUGGAUCCUGAAGACGGGACGGUGUAUGACUGGGACCACGAAAAGAGGGCAUGGUUCCCGAAGUUAACAGAAGACUUUCUGGCAGCUUAUCAUGCCAACUAUGGCUUCAAUACGGAGGAGUCUGAGAGCACGCCUGCCUCGGCUGAUCAGCCGGGCCCUGCUACCCAGGGUGGGGAUGCCAAGAAACCACCAGCAGAUGGCGCUGAGGCUUCACAGGCUAAAGAGGGCAAACAGAAAGGAGAGAAGCGGAAAUGCGAUCCUGGUUGGUUUGAUGUGGACGAAGGGAAAAACACAAAUGUCUACGUGUCGGGCUUACCGCUGGAUAUCACCCCUGAUGAGUUUGUGGAGGUCAUGUCCAAGUGUGGGAUUAUCAUGCGAGACCCCAUCACAGAGGAGUAUAAAGUGAAGCUCUACAGGGAUAACCAAGGGAACCAGAAGGGAGACGGGCUGUGUUGUUAUCUCAAGAAGGAGUCGGUGGAGCUGGCGGAGAAGCUGAUCGAUGAGUCUGAGAUCCGGGGGUACAGGCUGCACGUGGAGGCAGCGCAUUUCGAGCUCAAGGGCCAGUACGACUCCAGCAAGAAGAAGAAGAAGAACAAAGACUACCGCAAGAGGCUCCUGAGGCAACAGAAGCAGCUGGACUGGAAGCCAGAGAAGAAGCCAGGCGAGGCUCGACUGAGGCACGAGCGGGUUCUUAUCAUCAGGAACAUGUUCCAUCCCAAGGACUUUGAGGAGGAUCCGCUGGUGCUGAAUGAGAUCGGAGAGGACCUGAGGACAGAGUGCGAGAAGUUUGGCCAAGUCAAGAAAGUCCUCAUUUUCGAUAGGCACCCGGACGGAGUGGCUUCAGUAGCUUUCAAAGAGCCUGAGGAGGCGGAUGUCUGCCAGCUGGCUCUAAAUGGUCGCUGGUUCGGGGGACGAAAGCUGUCUGCAGAAUUGUGGGAUGGGAAGACGGAUUACCAGAUUGAGGAGACGUCGAGGGAGCGGGACGAGAGACUGAAAGGAUGGUCCUCGUUCCUGGGGGACAACUCGGCUGUGUCUGUGGAGAAAGAGGCCCCCAAAGGGGAGGGGCCCCCCAAGGAAGAUGGGCCCCAGCCCCCAACAGAGAACACGGAAGAGUCCCCAGCAAGGAGCCCUGAGCCUGGGGGGCCUGUGGAGGAAGAGGAGGUGGCCCAGGGGAACGGGAGCAGCGUUUCGGAGGAUCCUGGAGUCGAGUCGACAGACAGCAGCCUGGCAGACAGCGAGGAUGAGAAGGAGGAUGUGGAUGAAGCUUAAACAGACGAGAGGACGUAUAAGCCACUGGAACAGCUGGGUGGUCCGUGCUGAGUGGGGUAAUGCAACCAUCAGCGAUUCCUGAUCCGAGACCCUGUUUGUACAAGGAAGGGACUGAAAACAAAGUGCUGUACCAGUAGCCCCUGAUGUAAAAGGAAAAAAAAUGCUGUUGUUUUGCAGUCCCUGGUCUUUCUUCUUGUUGCUUUUCAUUUUAAUCCGAGAUUUUCUGCAUUUUAUUUUUAUUUUUUUUACCAAUACAUAAUAAACAGAUGUUGAUUGUCAGUUGUAAUACGCUUUUCUGUGUGCAGCAGGGGGGGGGGGGGCGGAUCAAUUGAUCUGGUAGAUACUGUUGGUGUUUAAGUCAUUAGGUCGAGCCCUCUGUGGCAUUUUGCAUACUUUUAAAAACGCAAAUUCCCAUUCACAUCCACUGUUAUAGACGCAGUUUAUUGUAACCUUGGUACACAAAGGGGAAGAUUUUAGUAAAUGCACAGGCAGUGGCACUGAGAUCUGCCGCUGUGUCCAUGCAAUAGACAUUGUGUCGUGUGCCUGGGCCUGUGAGCGUUGGGGUCUUGCUGCUUGGUUUGGUAACUUCGCCAGAGCUGACUAGCCAGCACAUAACCAUACAGUCUGUGCAGUAGACUUUUUACAGUCUUUUUACAGUUUCUGGAAUGCAUUUGCAAAGUAAUUGACUAAAAGAUAACCCAUUAUACCUGCUGUACCAUGCCUAAAACAGGACACUUUCGAAGCUUGUGUAUGAAGUAUGUGACUGUCUUUUUUACAUUUUUUUUUCACGAUUGUAAGAUAAAGUAAGUAUGUCCUGAAGAUGAAUUUUUCACUGAGUCGCUGGCCUUUUGAUCUCUAAUUGUUGUGUAACACACACACACACAAACACACACACACGCACAGACAGAGCGGUGUAGACGUUGCGAUGGAUUUGACAUUCAGAGAUCGCUGGCUUUCCUGUAGACUCGGUUGAGGAGGCGCUGCAGCUUGGGGUCUGCUUUCCAUUGAUUUUUGUAUUUCUGUUUUUGUUGCAAUGUGUACAGCAGCAGCUGUUUUAAUAAAAUCAGAUCUAAACAGAG